AAUACUACCAUUUUUCGGUGUCUUUAUAUUGUCUUGAAACGGUCACACACUGCUGUUGUUGUUUUCCCGGUUUCCCGGUGUUUUCAUUUUCCAGGAUCCGAUCCGAAAUUCGGACAGCGAACGAUGCAGCGAUCCCGUGCUAGCAGCACCAGCAGUGGCCGCCUGCCGGCUCCUCCGCCAAUGGGACUUCCCCAGCCGCAGGCACAUCCUCUGGAGGCGCCCAAGAUCAUCAUAAUCCAUCCGGGAUCGCAGCACCUGAGGAUCGGCAGGGCGGCCGACUUGAAUCCGCUGACCCUUCUCCAUGCGGUGGCAUACCGGCGGCGACAGCGGACAGCGACUGGCGACCAUCCGCACCAUGAUCCCCUCCUGCCGCCGCUGGACAACGUCAAUACCGCCCUAAUGGUGGAGUUCGAGGAGCAGCGCCUGGCCGUGUCGCGCAUCCUGCAGCACUGCUGUGUCGUCGAUGAGAAGAAACGCCUGCGCGUGGCCACGCCGCCGCAGCAGCUGGCCCACUUUAACCGCAGCAGCCAAGCCGAGAAGGUGCCGGCGCCAAGUGGCCAGCCUUCAGAGGAGCCCUGGCUGGACCGCCAGGCAGCCGUCCUCUUCGAUGACAGGAUCCUGCGACUCAGCGCCCUCGAUGCCCGCGACUACGACAUCCAUUUCCCUAUGCAAAGGGGCGAACUGAAUGUGCACAAGGCGAAGGGUGGCUCGCUACAGGCCAGCCUUCAGCAUUUGGAGCGCAUCUGGUCUUACGCCCUGGAGGCCCGUCUGAAGAUCCCGUUGCGUGAACUAGGAACCCACUGCGCAGUUUUGGUGGUCAACGAUGUGUAUGUGCGGCGGCAUCUGCGCGAGUUCAUGACCCUGCUGCUGCAGCGUUUGGGCUUCCGGCGCUGCUUCCUCGUGCAGGACAGCGUGGCCUCCACAUACGGCGCCGGCAUUGGUUACGGCUGUGUGGUGGACAUUGGCGCCCAGAAGACCUCCAUCGCCUGCAUCGAGGACGGCAUUUCCCAGCUAGAUGCGAGGGUGAGACUGCCCUAUGGCGGCGGCGACCUUGACCAGGUGCUCCUCCUGCUGCUGCGCAAGUGCGGUUUUCCCUAUCGCGAGUGCAAUGUCCAGGAAAGUUAUGUGGAUGCCCAUCUGCUGGAUGAGCUCAAGGAGAAGUUUUGCCAUCUGAAUGCCAGCGUUUGUGGGGCCCAGGAGAAGCACUUUAACCUACGCAAGCAGAACGGCCAGUGGCUGCGCUACACGAUCCAGGUGGGCGAUGAAGCCAUCAUGGCACCACUUGCCCUCUUCCAUACCGAGCUCCUAAACAUCACGGGCCGCACGAGAGCGGUAUGCACUCAACUGGCGGCACAGGAGCAGUACGACUGCGAAGACUGUUUCGAUGCGGAGUAUCUGAAGGAGACGGGCCGGAAAAAUGGGGUAAAGGGUGGUGAUACAAUGCCCAUGGGCCCAGGAUCUCAGCCACGCCCCCAGCUGCCCGUGACUGCUGACGACGAUGAGCUGAUUGUGGUGGAUCAGGAGGAAGCCAACAGCAACUGCCAGCCACCGCAGGCAGCGCACGCAGCUGGAGGGCACCCGAAUACGAAUGGCUGCUACCACAACGGCCAGGGACAGGUGUUGCCCCUCGACCAGGCCGUAAUCCGAGCCAUCAACCGGCUGUCCAGCUACGAGACGAAACGCAAGAUGUUCGGCUCCAUUCUGCUCGUGGGCAGCAGUGCCAAGCUGCCUGGCCUGGCCGCUUGGCUGGAGCAUAAGAUUAGCCAGCAGAUGCAGCCCACCGACACUGAGGUGAACGUCUUCACCAAGGGCAUGGAUGCGGGCAUGGUGGCGUGGAAGGGAGCGGCCAUUAUGUCCGUGUUGGAGAGUGCCCGUGAGCUUUGGAUAUCGCAGAACGACUGGCAGCGUUAUGGCCUACGGAUCCUCCGCGAGAGAUCGCCCUUCCUCUGGUGAGAUUCCACCACCCCACCCCAUUGCAUUUCGAAUAUGUUUAGGGAACUUGUAAUUGUUAAUCAUAGCGUUUAGUCGAAAAGUACAAGGUUUGUAGGACCCCAACAGUAAGGCAAAGUGCCGACCAAAGCAUUGACGUUUAUAACAAGCGAUUGUCCUCAAGAAAACCUAAGGUUCAUGUGUUUAAAAGUAGUAUGUGUUUAUUUUAAGGCACUUCAACAAAGUACGCAAUAUAAAAACAGGCCUCUGAGCCUGUUUUUGUUGAGCUCGUUUGUAUAUUUGGAAUUAUAUGGUAUUGUACCAGAGAUUAGGUAAACAAAUUUAGAGUACAGCGAUAAGCGCAGUAUAUACGCAAAUUUAACGACUGCC